AUGGGCACGAGCACUGAGCGGCUGCCGGAUGCCUACGAGCUGCUGGAUGUUGAUAUUGACGCGACAGAGGCACAGAUUCGCACGGCUUAUCGUAAAAAGUCUUUGCAGCUUCAUCCAGAUAAGGUAAAGGAUGUCCCCCCCGACGUCGCAGCGGACCGCUUCCACCGGCUUACGCUCGCCUAUGAGGAGCUUUUGAAUCCCGCUACGCGCAUUCGUCUCGCACAGGAACUUCAACAAGAACGUGAGCGUCGCCAAAGGAGAUCUGCUUUUGAUGAGCGCCGACGUGCAAUGGCUGCAGACCUUGAAGAACGCGAAGAGCGGGACCGACAAGCUCGCGCGAUGCGUGAACAGCGCUUGCGCGAGCGGGAAUUGCGCAUUGUGGCACUUCGUGAGGAGGGGCGAACUAUGAGAAUUCAGAGGCAUGAGCGCCUGCUGAACGAAUGGCAGGCGCACGCUCAGCAAGAGACAGCCACGAAAAGCGCUACACCUGAGUCUCCAGCGAAUCUUCCCGCAUGGGGGACGUUGGACACAACAGUGCUCGUACGAUUUCCGUUUGAACAAGCAGCAGAGAUGUGGGGGGCGAUUGAACCACCAGAGUCGCUUCUGGACACACCUCUCGCUGUGUCACUGCAAGAUUCCUAUGGACCUCUAGUCAAUGUUCGCGUCCGCACGACGCAAAAGAAAAGAAAGGAAAUCUCUGUGAUUGUCGUCUUCGAGUAUGGUGUACAUGCCUGGCGCGCCGUACACGAUGGUAUGCAACUCCGUUGCACCCACCCUCUGCUUCAAGACUGCUGGAUCGGCUGGAGUGAUGAAAGUGGCAAAGCACGUUCCGAUAUACCCCAGCGCAUUGCAGCAUGGAUGGCUCAAGGCGUUACACCAGCACAGGCGCCGCUAACGGUGGAACCUGUCAAGACCAUGCCUCAUGAUAUCGCUGCCAACUUCGACUAUGCCUAUGAGGCCCGCACCCUAGAGCGCAUGCGCCAGGCUGCUGGUAUGGCAUGA